AUGUUUUCCCUGCUACAUCUAAUAAAGAUUCAAGACACUUUUAGAAAUACCAUGUUGGGACGUAAAUUUUUCAGGCUUUUUCUCCGUCCAUUGCUUUAUCGCAUAUCACGAAAAUAUGGAACACUCAGUGCAACAACCUGUUGCUUUAUGUAUCCGAUAAAAUUAUCUCAUAUUUCUACUAAAACUAUGUCGAAUUAUCAAUAUAUUGAAUAUCCCUUAUUAUCUUCAUUACAAUUACAAAUAGACUCUACAAUCACUUUUAUAAAUCAACUUCUUAGAGAAUUUCAUACACUUCUAAUUAAUUUAGAGCACAUUGCUAUUGAAUAUGGUGAAUUACAAUUAUCUUAUACGAAUUCAGACGAGCAAAAUGAUGAAUUAUUAUUAGAGCUACGUUCACAAUGGUCUAUACUUACGCAUAAACUUGAUAAUAUGGAAAUAAUUAUACGUUCUUCUGUAAAUAUUUUACAAAAUUCAUUAGAAACUGCAUUUUUGUACGAAGAAUAUAUUAAGACAACACCUACUAAACACAAUCAUUUACCCAAUGAAACUUUGAUAACACAAGCUGGAUUAACUUUUCAUACAAUAGAAAAAGAAUUUGAUGAUCUUAAAAGUAAACGAAGAGAUAUUGUUAAAUUAUGGUCAACCCAGAUAGCUGAAAAUAUUAAACGGUUUGGUAAUUCAUAA